CUUUUCUGCCUCUCGCAGCCUGCCAUCCGCGGCGUGCGGACCUCGCUGCUCCAGCCUCCCGGCCACGUCCAUUCUAUCAGCCUUGAGCAGCAGCGGAGAAAAAAAGAUUAGGGAUUCUCUUGCCCCAUACACACUUUGGAAGCGGGCAAAAAUUUUAAAUUUGAACCAUGAGGGAAAUCGUGCACAUCCAGGCAGGUCAGUGUGGAAACCAGAUCGGUGCCAAGUUCUGGGAGGUGAUCAGUGAUGAACAUGGCAUCGACCCCACCGGCACCUACCAUGGGGACAGCGACCUGCAGCUGGACCGCAUCUCCGUGUAUUACAAUGAAGCCACAGGUGGGAAAUAUGUCCCUCGUGCUAUCUUGGUGGAUCUAGAACCAGGUACCAUGGACUCGGUUCGCUCUGGUCCUUUUGGCCAGAUCUUCAGACCAGACAACUUUGUUUUUGGUCAGUCUGGGGCCGGCAACAACUGGGCCAAGGGCCACUACACGGAGGGCGCCGAGCUGGUGGACUCCGUCCUGGACGUGGUGCGGAAGGAGGCCGAGAGCUGUGACUGCCUGCAGGGCUUCCAGCUGACCCACUCGCUGGGCGGGGGCACCGGGUCCGGGAUGGGCACGCUGCUCAUCAGCAAGAUCCGGGAGGAGUACCCCGACCGCAUCAUGAACACCUUCAGCGUGGUGCCCUCGCCCAAGGUGUCGGACACGGUGGUGGAGCCCUACAACGCCACGCUCUCCGUGCACCAGCUGGUGGAGAACACGGACGAGACCUACUGCAUCGACAACGAGGCGCUGUACGACAUCUGCUUCCGCACCCUGAAACUGACCACCCCCACGUACGGGGACCUCAACCACCUGGUGUCGGCCACCAUGAGCGGCGUCACCACCUGCCUGCGCUUCCCCGGCCAGCUGAACGCAGACCUGCGCAAGCUGGCCGUGAACAUGGUGCCCUUCCCGCGCCUGCACUUCUUCAUGCCCGGCUUCGCGCCGCUCACCAGCCGCGGCAGCCAGCAGUACCGCGCCCUCACGGUGCCCGAGCUCACCCAGCAGGUAUUUGAUGCCAAGAACAUGAUGGCCGCCUGCGACCCGCGCCACGGCCGCUACCUCACCGUGGCCGCCGUCUUCCGCGGGCGGAUGUCCAUGAAGGAGGUGGACGAGCAGAUGCUCAACGUGCAGAACAAGAACAGCAGCUACUUCGUGGAGUGGAUCCCCAACAACGUGAAGACGGCCGUGUGCGACAUCCCGCCGCGGGGCCUCAAGAUGGCGGUCACCUUCAUCGGCAACAGCACGGCCAUCCAGGAGCUGUUCAAGCGCAUCUCGGAGCAGUUCACGGCCAUGUUCCGGCGCAAGGCCUUCCUGCACUGGUACACGGGCGAGGGCAUGGACGAGAUGGAGUUCACCGAGGCCGAGAGCAACAUGAACGACCUGGUGUCCGAGUACCAGCAGUACCAGGACGCCACGGCCGAGGAGGAGGAGGAUUUCGGUGAGGAGGCCGAGGAGGAGGCCUGAGGCCGCGCCUGCACUCCGCUUCUCCGCUCCCUCAGCUGCCCCUUUCUUCUCCCUCAAAAUUUGCCUUUUUUUUUUUUUUUUUUUUGCUUUUAGGGGUGUUCUAGAACAAUGCCUGGCACAUAACAGGGCUCAAUAAACAUUCAUUGUUUCUUGAA